AUGGUGCGUAGGCGCAGUAUUUGGAUCCAGAAGCAGCCAUAUUUCAUGCGACAUUCCAAUCCAAUGAUCCCAUUGGUCAGUUUGCGUAGUUCUGGGGCCAGCCACCAGGGCAGAAGGUUUCCCCGACAUCAAAGGCGCCGCCACAGGGUGCCCAGCCUUCUUAGUAUAAGGUCUUUGGUUGGGACAUCCCCUCGUGCAUCUUCCCUGACCCCACCGUCGCCUGCACGACGGAGGGCAGAGCCGCCUCUGUCUCGUUCCUCGGAGGAGCGAAUUGUGGGCGUGCGAAGACCGCCUCUCGUCGAUGAGCGGAAUUUCAUCGUGCCGGACCGACGAGAACCUCCAGGACCCGCCAUUUUUGGCUUUAGCCUGCGUCGUUUGGCUUCGGGCACGAGUCCGAUUCGACGAUCUUUCGUGCCGUUCCCGAUGACGUUCGCCGACCACUCCGACUCCCGUCGACCCAACGGGCCGCCCGUCCCCCGCCCCCGGCUGCGACCGUUGCCUGACCCCACGGCGAAGGCGCCCCUCCUGCCCCCCUGGCUCUGGAGGCUCGUCUCGCUCCUCCUCGGGUUGGAGGAGGGGCCGGGUGAUCCGUCGGUGUCCUACUGGCUCUGCGGCUUCACGGCCGUCGCCGCUCUCGCCACGAGCACCCAUCGGUGCCCGUUGCUUCCAGGAUUUCUGCCGGGAUUUCGGUCCAAGACUAACGAUCGGCUGCAGAAGAAACUCCACGAUCGCUUCUGCAAUUUGCGGGAGUUCUGGCGGGUCCAUGGUCCCCGAUUCUCACACUUCCAAGGAAGCGAAAUCCUGGGUUCUUCGGCGCCGUUUACCAUCCUCGACCGCGAACCGCGGGCGACGCCCGAAAGCGUGACGCCUCGGAUGCAAGCAGCUUCGGAACGAGAGGUCUCCAGCCCCUUCUGCGCUCAAAAAGACUCCCAAAAAGCGUCUCCCGAUCCAAAACGACCGCCAGAAGACGCGUCAGCGAGCCUCUUGCGAGUCGAACGGAUCGUAUCGUUCGGAUUCGUGACUCUUCGCUCGACGUUCGGCUUGCCGGGUUCGAGCCCGCCGCCUCGGCUCCAGAGAGGAGGCUUCUCCGCCUGCUCCAGUCGAACGACCCCGAUGCGUCGGGAUGGGCCGUCGCGAGAAAAGUCAUUAUGGGCAGGUGAGAGAGAAGUUCACGUGGUCGCGAACGCGUGGUUCGUCGUGUCCAACGUGAGGUCGUCCUUCACCUCGGACGACAUCAUCGACGGGACGAUGAGCAUCUUCCUCUCGGUGGGGUGGAGCUACCUCGGGCUCUACUCCUUCGCGCUGUCGCAGCGCGUCUACCGGGACCGGAUGUACCUGCCGAUGCUGAGGCUCCACGCGAAGACGGUGAUGCGGGUCGACACGGUCGCGAUCGUGUGCCUGCUCAUGAUCGCCUUCACCGUGCUCAAUGACGUCAACGCUUUCGAGCAGUGGCAGGGUGGCACCUGCAAGAAAGUGGAGCUGGACCCGAUCGUCUGCAAGGUGCGCUACGUCUCUCGCGUCGUGUCGUCCGCCGCGUUCCUCGUCUGGAACCUCCUGGCCGCGAUGGCCUUGACUUCCGUGUGCAAGACGCACACCAUGCCGACCAUCUGGCCGAGCGUCGAGCGGGAGGAAGCCGGGAAGGGCGGCGGCGGCGGCGAGGGGCCCACUGACGACAUCCAGGUCCAGCCCCAAGUCCACUCCGAGGAUGGUGCAGAGGGACCGGUCCAGCCGAGCCCAAGCGAAGACGGACCCAUGACCAACGAGCAGAUCCUGGAGAUCUACUGGCCUCUCUUCAACGACAUGAACCGGACGUCGGUGGUGUUCGAGCAGUGGAUGUUCUCGGUGAUCGGGCUGACAGUUCUGUGGACGUCGGUCUACCUGGUGCUGUGGUUGACGCACUCGCCGACGCUGACGGAGCUGCUCGAGGUCAUCAGUGCGAUUUUGCUCAUUCCCUUUUUCACGUCCGCCUACGCCGAAUCGAGCAUGGAGGGCAACCGAUUGAUACGAGCGAUCCGUCCGAGCGCGCAGCGCAUGGCCCUCCUCUUCCACCUGGUGCAGAGCCCGCCCCUCCUCAACGUGUUCGGUGGGGCCGUCAGGUAUCGCACCAUCUUCACGGUCUUGGCGGGGAUGUUCCUGGCGAUCGCGGCCAAGAUCCUCCUCAAGGAUCUCGGGCACGGGUCCUGAAUUCUCGCUCCGCUUCGUCGGGCGGGCCGUUCUGGGAUGCACUCCGCGGAAGCGCCGCUCCGCCUCGACUGAGUGUCGCUGCGAUUUCACUUUAGUUGCAUGAAAUUCACGGUGCAUUCUAAUAGAACUGAGUAGAGUGAGAAAGAAAUUUAUGACUGACGUCGACAGCAGCCUCGACUUUCAUCC